CAAUCUUCCCAGCUUCAAAGGAGGACUACAACCACCACGCAAUGUCUCAGACUGAUAAAUCAGCCUUUUGAACUUCUGGUUUCCAACAUUUUUCUGAUAAAGAAUUGGAUUCUGUCUUUUCUGUAACUUUUGGGUGGUUUUCACCCCCUGACUGUGUUUCAUUUCUGUGAGUUACAAUGGCUCUUGGAGUGCUAAAUUCACAAGCAAAAAACUCUCUUAGUGGAAGUGUAUUUUUGGACAGAGGCUCUAUAGAGGAACAGGAACCUCCACCUCCACUCCGAAGCUACCUUUGUUUGAGUAUUUUCACCUGCUUUUGUCCUGCGUUCCCUGUCAACAUCGUGGCCCUGGUCUUCUCUAUUAUGUCUAGGAACAACUAUUACCUUGGAGACUACGACGGGUCGAGGCGGCUGGGCAGGAACGCUCUCUAUGUCUCUGUGGCCUCCAUCAUCAUCGGCCUCCUCAUCAUCGCCAUCUCCUGCACCGUUCACUUAACAGCUAUGGAUUUUUAGUGUUGCAGAAGAGGAGAGAGAUGCAGAAGAGGAAUAAGACAGUGAAACAGAAAGCUGUGGACGCUGAUGGGCUCAGGUGGUUCACAUUGUACCAUCUGCCUCUGAAAGGACAGUGGCUCGUCACUGUGCAUCACUCCCUCGUGUGUUUCCUGUUUUUCCUUUAGACGAUCCAGAACUAACAUCUGGUGAAUAUGUACAGUGUUUAAUGUCAAUGAUGCUUUUGGAUUAAAAAGGGCAGCUUUCUGUGAGACUAUGCCUGUUCUCAACUAAAAUGAUUAAACUAACUGUCUUUAAUUUGAUUAGAAUAUCUAAGAAAUACUUCUUUUUCUGCUAAUAGAUGUCAUUGAUAUUUUGUGCUGCAAAAUAUAGACUGUAUUUAUCAUUAUUAUGAUGUGUUUGUCAUUGGUUACAUUAUUAAAAUAACUUUGGUAUGUAAAUUAUGACUUGUUUCUCAUGUGUAACAGUAGAGAAUUUGCAUAAAGGCUCCUAGCUUUUUGUUGAGUAUGUUAAAUCAGAUAGUUGGAUUAUAUUAUUAAGGUCUAGGCAACAGAACUAAGCUAUUAGGGUAUGAAAGAAGAUCAUGGUUUGGUUUGAACUAACAACUAUUUUUAAAUGAUGAAUGCUGUGACAUAAUACUGUUAGUAAAAACAACUCGAGAUAUUAAUGGGCACAAUCAUUGGAAUUAGCUGAGAGCCCGGUGCGUCUCGUGUAGAUGACAAAGCGAAACUCGUGUUGGUUUCAAUUUUCUGUAUUUGACGCCCUGUGGGUCGGAUCGGGCUGUAAUGACAGGAUUACAAUAUUCCUGGUACUUGAAUACUGCCAUCCUGUUUCCUGUGUUAAUUGACAUAUCAUGGCAAAGCUCCAGACUGCCAUAUUGGGCAUCAAAUCUAUUAUAUCAAAGUAAACACAGACCAAACGAUCAGAUUUCAUCUCUGAAAACGUCUACACCUGUUGCUUAUUAGACCUCACACCACCACCCAUAUUUUACACCUCUAAAUGACAUUUAAAUACAUCUACAUUUUUAAAUCUAAAGUUUAAAUGUAGAUAACUGACUCAUGUUUUCAUGCCUCCACCAAGGAGUCGAGUUUCAUCCAAGUUUUAUUUUGCCAGUUUUGAAUGAUGUCUCUUUUUUGUCUGCCUGUUCUUUAUUUUAUAUUUUGUUGAGUUUUUUUUAUGCAUUGUGAGGUGUGAUGAGGUGUCUUGAAAGGUGCCUCGAGAUAAAAUGAAU